AUGGACGCAUUAAAAGAGCAAGCCAUGAUAAAUCAGUUUGUUAUGGUUGCUGGGUGCGCCAGAGAGCAGGCAAAACAACUUCUACAGGCCGCACAUUGGCAGUUUGAGGUAAUAGAGCGAUUGUUUUGAUUUCGACGUAAUGUCGAAUCGGCUUGGCACUCCGUAUUUACUGAUGUGUACUUUCGAUUUAAUCGUCUAAAAUGUUUGACUACAUCCUUUCCUUUUUCUCUCUAGACUGCUUUAAGUUUGUUUUUUCAAGAAGUCGCGAUUCCGUCGCAUAAUCAACACAAUCCGGUAAGUGUCCUUCGUAUCACUCUCGUUGGCAAUUCAUGUCGUUGAUGACCUUAAUUCAAGAAUUUUUACUUCUCUUCUUCUAGCUUGUAACGCCGGCAAAUACGCCGGCCACACCUCCAAACUUUCCUGAUGCUUUGGCAGCUUUCGCAAAACUUCAAGCCUCCGAUACAAGCCCCAAGACACAAACUUUAAACGCAAAUCAUCAACCAGUGAGAUGA